AUGGCUUCCAACGCCUCCCAGAUAUCCGCAGGUCAAGGAAAACGAACUUCUUUCAGCAGCUUUGCAAGCAACAAUGCGUCAAUACUUCUCGAUCGAGCUAAAGUUGGCAUGCGAGGCUCGACGCCAGAUUCGGAGGCUCUAGCGUCGUCUGACGACGAACAUGACCAAUUGUAUAGAUUGCAGACCGUUACCAGUAAUCCCGGACCAAAGCAGGUCCGUCGAGCCUCGUGGUUCACUGAAGGCCAGCAGCUUCCUAAUCGCAAGCCGUCUUUUGGUGCUGGUACCGGACCAUUCUCGCCCGUUAGUCCCGGCACGACAGCGUCUUCUAGCGACCAAGCGCCGUGGAAUACGGCGACAGCUUCCACAGCGGGUACAACACUGGGUCGUGGACAUUCUAGUAGUUCUUCAUUUACGUGGGGCAAUACAAUCUGGAACAGUGACGGCCAGAAAGGACCUCCACAGCGACUAGCGGAGGUGCUACCAUCGCCUACCACCAUAGUACCACCGGGAUCAGCUAGCCUCUAUCAAGACGAUAAUGCUCUUCGAAGUCCGCCGCUUAAUCGGGAACAGGGUGCAGAUCCAGGAAUUCCAUUUUCCAUACCCUUACAGCCUACUCUGAAAAGCUACAGAUCCCAGUCAUAUUCUGUAGGACAGAUUGAUACUGAUACCAGCACUAAUACAAGUACACCCUACGGAGGCCAAAGCAAUUUCAACCCUCCAAGAAGGGGCGCAUCCUAUGCAGGGGUGCAUCACAGACCCUCACGACCUAGCAUGCUUGGGGAUGCGACUCAUGAUUUGAACGCUCUAGGACAAUUACGCGAAGUUGACGACGACGAAGAGGUCUCAGGAGGAUCUUCCAGUGGUACUCAUGGCUUUCAUGAUGACGCGCGGACUUUCGAGGAUCUUGCAGGGGAAAACGCUAUGCUGCGACAGCAACUAGCAGCUAAUCAGCUUCAGAACGUCAGAAGCGCUCGCCCGGUCUCAUCAGCGCAACGCCCGCAUACAUCGGGGCAGUAUUACCAUCAGCGGCUACGAGACUCUGUCCCCGAAGAUCUCACGUCGCCUUUGUACGAUCCGAACGACCGCGAGCAAUCACAAGCUAACAGACCGGGAGUGGCCGGAGGUCGAAGGUUUAGUGAGUACAGCUCUAGGUCGAGUCCACAUUACGCCCUUGGAAUCAACCCUGACCACAAAGCGCUGGAUCAUGGUAGAAGAGGCCAAUGGCAGAGCUCUCUUGGUUUUGCUCGUGCAGAAGAGCCACCAAAAAGCCGUCGCCAUUCAUUUGCUGAGAUGCCCACCAGGCAUAAUUCUCUAGGCUCAGUGAACGACGAUGAAGCUGGUCGUAAUAUUGGGGACUUUUCUGUACCAUCUCAUCAUCAUUCUGAGGAUCUUGGAGCUUUUGGGGAUGGUACUAGUCGCCCGGCGCAAGGUGACAACAGUAAGUUUGCUUUUUCGUAUCCCCCCAGCAAAACGGAGAGGGAGAUGCAAUUGGUAGCCCGUCACUCACAUGAUCGUGAUUUUGCAGUCAACUAUUUCUCUCAGCCAAAUCCUUCUCCACGUCUCCCUGGGGACCUUCAAUCCAUUUCGUCGACAAGCCUCCACCAAGCAUACGCGCAAAGCCAAUAUCAUCGGUCGCAACCAAUCGGACAUGCAACAGGGCGCCCAAACCAGCUGCUCUAUAUUGUAACAUUCAAGUGUUUGCGGGCAGAUGUAUUCUACAUCCAAGAAGGUACAGGCUUACGAGUCAAAAAGGGCGACCUUGUCAUCGUCGAGGCAGAUCGCGGCACGGAUCUUGGCACUGUACAGUCCGAAGAUAUUUCGUGGGCUGAAGCUAAGCAAAUGAAGGAAGACUACACCAAGAGGCACCACGAGUGGCUCAUGGCAUUUUCGCAUCAUACGCAAAAUGGAACUAUUGCAGGACCGAACCCAAAUGGCCCAUCAAUGGGACAGACAACUGCAGGUCUUCCCAACGCCGCCGGCUUUCAAGAUCUUCCAAGUGGCGAAAUCAAGCCCAAGAUGAUCAAGCGACUUGCCCAGUCGCACGAGAUCGCCACUUUGCGUGAAAAGGAAGGGAGUGAGGCGAAAGCGAAGCGAAUGUGUCACCAAAAAGUUGUCGACCAUCGACUAAGCAUGGAGAUUCUCGACGCGGAAUUCCAGAUGGAUUGGAAAAAGCUGACAUUCUUCUACUUUGCUGACUCCUACAUCAAUUUUAAUCCCCUAGUCACCGAUCUUUUCAAAAUUUACAAGACAAGGAUCUGGAUGUCAGCUAUUAAUACAGCUGCUAUCGCCACACCUCACGCGGGCCUGAGACCGCCCGGACUUUCUCGGAAUCCUUUGGGCCACGAGUAUGACGACUUCCGAUCUGGGCAGUAUGCACAACCCGCGGUCACGUCCUCCCCUCAUGGACCACUACCGGCCUAUAAUGGCAUGCUGAUCUCAGGAAUGUCUUACGAGCAGAUGUAUCACCCAACUCUUGCGGGCCAAGCAUUCGAAGCCCGGCAGAUGUCGCCUUUUUCGAUGGACUAUCGCCAUCAAGCACAACAGCCUAUGGCGCAUCCAUCUCAAUUUGGCCCUCCUAUUGGCUACAACGGGCCCAACCUGCAUCAUACUUCUUCGUUCACCUCUCAGCCUGACGACAACAGCGCUGGACAUCAAAAUCGCCAAAUGCGUACUGAGGAGUGGACUCAAGGAUUUCGUAAUCUUUCAAUCAAUCAGUAG